AUGGGUGGUCAACAGUCUUCUGAAAGUAGUGGGGCGAGCAACCCACCUCCGACAUCUUGCUACUAUGAACUUCUAGGAGUUUCUCAAACUGCUUCGAGUGAUGAUAUUCGAAAGGCUUACAGGAGAAGGGCGCUUGAGCUUCAUCCAGAUAAGAAUAUAGAGGACUCUGAAAACGCCAGCCGCCGCUUCGCCCAGCUGCAGGCUGCGUACGAAAUCCUCUCCGAUCCGCAGGAGCGCGCUUGGUAUGAUUCUCACAAGGAUGCGAUUCUGCAUGGCCGAGGAACUGGAGAAUCUCAGAACUCCGAGUUUCGCAACGUCCGUGUCACCUCCGCGGACGAAAUUGUGUCUCUUGUCGGACGUUUCAAUACGGCCGUUCCGUUUUCAGAUGAGCCGGGCGGUUUUUUUGGCGAGUUGAGAGGCGUUUUCGACCGCCUUGCCACAGAGGAGGUGGCAUUAGGCGACUAUGAAGACAGCCAGGUCCCAACUUAUCCGUCGUUCGGUGUAUCCACCGAUGCCUAUGAAACAGUGGUUCGGCCCUUCUACACGGCGUGGCUGUCAUUUUCCACCCACAAGUCCUUUACCUGGAAGGAUAAAUAUAGGCUAUCCGACGCCCCGGAUAGGAGAGUACGUCGGUUAAUGGAAAAGGAAAAUAAGAAGCUGCGGGAGGAUGCGAUCAAAGAGUUCAAUGAGGCUGUCCGGUUCUUGGUUAACUUCUCCCGGAAACGUGACCCGCGGUAUACCGCGAAUGCUGUCUCUACCUCGGACCGACAGAAAGCCCUACGUGAUGUCGUUGCUGCCCAAGCCGCGAGGUCACGGGCGGCGAAUCAAGAAAAGCUUCACGGCUCCGUGGUUGCUGAGUGGAUACAAACAAAGGAUGAAGACGCAGCGUUUACUUCCGAGGAUGAGGAGUCGGAAGUCGACAUCGAGCACAUCGAGUGCAUUAUUUGCAAUAAAAUAUUCAAGAGCGAAAACCAGUACGAAGCACAUGAAAGGAGCAAGAAACACACAAAGGCGGUACAGCAGCUGCGCCAUAAGAUGAGACGAGAAAACCGGGAUCUCAACCUUGAUCGAACUGAUAACCAAGCUUCACUCGAGCCAAAACUCGAGAGAACAUCCGAGCCCGACAUCACUUCUUCGGACGGAGAACCCGAUACGCAAGGCCCGGGAGAUCCUGAGGAAUGCCUCGAGACGGUACCGGAGUAUAAGUCUAGUGACAGUACCGUCGGUACCCCGGGGCCACCUAUUACUUCUGCUACCACCACGAUAAGCGAGAAUAAAACUCACGACCAAGACGAAGCUGGUAUAGACAGCUUGAUUCAUCGACCUGGCAACGCCCAUGACCAUGAAGCCCCUCCGGUUCCCAAAGUUGGGAAGGCCAAAGCGAAAAGGGAUAAACGAGCCGCCCGCCAAGAGGCUGCGGCCCGGCAAUCGACUUCGACCUUAGCGUGCAAUGUUUGCAACGAGCACUUCGUCUCGCGUACUAAGCUCUUCAACCAUAUCCGUACGCAGGGCCAUGCAGUCCCCUCGUAA